UCUGUCUCUCUGGACGUACCGGCACCGUCCUGCUCCUGGUUCAGUCUCAAACAACGAGGGCCGAAGGAGGGAAGCAUAAUAUUCCUCAUUUAAAAUUGAUAUGGCACAUCAAGUCUUUGUGUAUGGAACCCUCAAGAAAGGGCAGCCGAAUCAUCAUGUCCUAACGCAGUGUGAGGGAGGAAAAUACACAUUUUUGGGUCAAGGAAGGACUGUUUCAAAAUGGCCAUUGGUCAUUGCAUCAACUUACAAUAUCCCAUUCCUACUGGACAUUGAAGGAGAAGGUCAUAAUAUAGUUGGUGAGGUGUAUGAGGUAAAUGAUACUCUGUUUGCUGCCUUGGAUGACUUAGAGGGAUACCCUGGUUACUAUGACAGGAGGCCAAUACGGAUCCAAAUGGAACAGAAGAUGGAAGGAGUGAAUUGCGCCGAUGUCAUUGAUUGCUGGCUCUACAUUAUCACUUGUUACAAGCCUUUUAUGAGAGAAUUGGAGACGUAUGAGAACUAUGACAGCAACGGUAGUCAUGGCAAGCAGUAUGUUAGCAGGUGUGAUAGGGAUGAGGGAUGGGCUAAUCUGAUAUUGCCUUCUCUCAUUACUCUCAAUGAUGAUCUAAAGUGAAGAAACAAGUAGUAUGGAUGAAAUUCAUCCUGUAUGAGUACCUUUGAGACUACAGAUAAACAUCUAUGAAGUUCCUACCAGUGCUAGAGGAUGCACAUCAAGAUGGAGAAUCGUUAACUGGAGCAGUAUGAAUUUGGCGGUGGAAGUCUUUCGAAAUGCCUUUCUAAAUUAACUUUGGAAUACCACAAUUCGAACUAGAAAUAGUAGACAGUUUAUUUUACUUCAAAUCAAUACAAAUUCUCAGAAAUACUAUGAAUCAGUGUUUUUGAAUAAUGUGCAUUGUGAAAUGAAAAGUCAGCUGUAAGUGAAAAGUUAUUUCAUGAAGUACCAGUACUUAGUCAUUCAGAAAAAGUGUGGCAAUCUUCAUAUUUUUGUCUCACCUGCAUAGCAGAGUGAGACUAUAGGUGCCGCUUUUCCGAAGGCGGCGGCGUCAACAUCAAAUCUUAAUUGAUGGUUAAGUUUUUUUUUAAUGACAGCAUAGUUGAACUUAGUUCAUUAAACUAGGCCAUAAGGGUAAUCAAAUAUUACUGAACAUCCUGCUUGAGUUUAAGUCACAUGACCAAGGUCAAAGGUCAUUUAAGGUCAAUGAACUUUGGCC